AGUCAUUUAAGUGCAAUCCCGCGCUGAGUAAGAAAUUGAAUCAAAUGAUAGCGCGCGUCGCCAAACGCUCGGAUAUCUUGUGACGCCGAAAUUUCCCCAAGACUUCAUUCUAGACCCCAUGUCCGCCAAUACCUUCGUUGUCCUCGUCACAGGGGCCAACAGUGGAAUCGGCUUUGCGAUAUGCUGUCGCUUGAUCGAUGAGUUUCUAGCCACCCGAGAAGCAACAGAAAAGCUGUGCCUGAUCCCCACGACGCGAUCGCAAGAGAAGGCUGAGGCGACAGUGUUACGACUGCAAAAGCAUCUGGAGAAAUUUUGCCAAGAUGUGGAGAAAGCAGAGCCAGGCGUUGCAGCACAAUUGAAGAGUCGAGUAGUUUUCGAGCCAGAGCUUCUGGACCUUUGUAAUAUCCUAAGCGUGCAGCGUGCAGCAAAGAGACUAAGGCGGAAGUACGCAAGAAUAGACUCGGCCAUUCUCAAUGCUGGAAUUGGAGGAUGGGUUGGCAUCGAUUGGGUGAAGGCGAUCACGCAAUUUUUCACCCAAGGCAUGAAAUUCGUGACGAGGCCAGAAUACAAGAUUGGCUCUGUGGGAGAGCGGUCGCCAGUGCAGUUUCCACGGGCAAGUGACAACGAGGAGGCGAAUGAGGCCAAUGGCAAGGGCGAUGCGAGGAAAGAGCCAGAGAUGGGCGCAGUGUUCACGGCAAAUGUUUUUGGACAUUACCUGCUAGUUCACUAUCUCAUGCCCUUGCUGUCACGGCCGGCCGGGCAGGAGGCUGGUCGAGUUAUUUGGGUUGGCACUCUCGAAGCUUACAAGCACACAUUUUCUUUGGAUGAUUUUCAAGGAAUGCGAACAUCGAUGGCAUAUGAAAGCAGCAAGCGCUUGACUGAUCUUCUAGUCAUGACGGCGAAUGCCCCCACUUCCAAGCCCUACACAACCUCAUUUUUUGCCUUGGAUUCGACGGAACCGCCUUCCUUUGCCUCUUCAACCUCUUUGGAAGAAGAUCUCACACCACGAAAGGCUUCUUUGCGAGCAUCGACGCGGGCACGAAGUUCAACACCAAAUGGCAGACUUGGUUCACGAAGUAGCAGCCCUCGGCGCGGAUCAGCGUCCUCGUCGUCAAUGACACCGCCAGAAAUGUACUCAACUCACCCCGGCAUGGUUGUCACCGAUAUCAUCGCCCUCCCGCACUGGCUCCUGAUUUGGGCGUGGACGGCAGUAUUUUACAUUGCACGGUGGUGUGGUUCGCCAUGGCACAAUACCCAGCCUUACUCAGGGGCAACAGCCAUGACACAUCUUGCUCUGGCACCUAAGGAGCAAUUAGACAAGUUUGCUCGUGGCAAUGCUAGCGACAUAAAAUGGGGAAGCGCGACUAAUUGGCGCGGAAAUGAACGAGUAAAGAUCACCGAGGUUGAGGGGCUAUACAACGACAAGGGCGUGCCUUACUCUGAUGAAGAGCGAGAGAAGUUUUUCCAAUUGGGGAGGGAAGUAUGGAAGAGAAUGGAGGAUCUGCGUACUGAGUGGGAGAAUAGGCUGAAGGACGCAGGCUUUGACGAAGGACUUGCUUAGUUUGGACUAUACCGUGCUUACUCCCCCGAGCCUGGCUGUGAAGCAGUAGAGUAAGGUCUCUCGGCGUGAAUCUUGCGUUCGACGGAGAUCUGAACAGGGCCCAGAUAAUGGCUGGACAUGAUGUAAUUCCUAGAUGUAAUGAAUGGACAGGCCACCGAUGUGCCGCUGCCUCAA